ACAUCCCUUGUGCUUGUGGUUAUCCAAGCCCAUAGGGAUGUAGGCCAAAGCCCAACCCCUCAAAUUGCCGUUCUACAUCGGACCUUGUAAACAGACCCGCACUUCCACUUCCAGUGUCGCAGUUUCAUUUUACCCGCGACGCUACUGAUUUGCGCUCCCCUAGAGCCCCGCCGGCGCCGGACGAUCGAACAGUUCAUCGUCGCUCGAAGAUUGUUAGAUUCGCCAUAAAAACGUUGUACCGUUGAUUGUUAGACUCAGAAGUCCCAUCCAUGCCUCUGCUUCGUCCGUCUUCUACUUCUAAUUCGGGUGCCCUACUCUACUGACUUGAUUGGUAGAAUGCGGAGGAGUUCCAUGCUGGGAUGCUUGUUUGUGGGAUGCGGCAGCCGGUUCUACAGCAGUCACCGCCUCCCACCGCUAAGCUCCAGGGAACCGUAUUGCAGCUUGCUUUUCUUCCACCCCAACAAUUCUACGCUAUCGAGUAACUUCUGUUCCCUCCGUCGUUUCUCUAGCUACGCCGUCGAGCAAUUCUCAGAUGACGAGUACGAGUGCGACUUCGAGUCCCACAAGGCAUCUUCUUCGGUGGCCAAUAUUGAUGAGUGGAAAUGGAAGAUGAGCUUGCUGUUGCGCAGUGAGACUGACCAAGAGAUUGUUUCCAAAGACAGGAAAGACAGGAGGGACUAUGAGCAGAUAUCUAAUCUUGCACAAAGGAUGGGACUUUAUAGUGAAAUGUAUGGGAAAGUGGUGGUUGCAAGCAAGGUUCCACUUCCAAACUACAGGCCAGAUUUAGAUGAUAAGCGGCCGCAAAGAGAGGUGGUUGUUCCUCUAAGCUUGCAGAGGAGGGUGGAGAGUCUGCUUCAGGAACAUCAUGACAGAACUCAACUGAUAUCUGGAAGAGCUGAUGGCACAACAGAUGGCGGUAAUCCUGCUGAUCGUGUCGAGAGUCAGAGUCAAAUGGAGAAUCCAGAUUCUUUCCUUGAUGACUCUGUUAUGGAGAAAGUUCUUCAAAGGAGGAGUUUACGAUUGCGUAACAUGCAGAGAGCUUGGCAGGAAUCACCUGAAGGCAAGAGGAUGAUGGAGUUUCGAAAGUCCUUACCUUCAUUCAAGGAAAAGGAAAGGCUGCUUCAAGCUAUAGCAAGGAAUCAGGUUUGCGGAUGGAUCUCAUGGCCUUAACUUUAGCUAACAUGGGUAUAAAGGUCACUUUGUGAAUGAUAGUUGUAUAAUGAUGCAAUCUGCGAUUGUAGAUAUGGCAUAAAACAGUUGAAUGUUUAUAUGAAAAAGUCAGUUGGAUGUUGAAAGGGUGUUUGGUAUGAUGGAAAUUGGUGUGGAAACCAGAGAUUUUGAUGGUUUUACCAAAUUUGUUGUUCGUAAUGAUUAAAAGCGAGCUUGACCAAAGGUAAAUGUCUAAGAGGGGUUGUCUUGAACCCGUGUUUUGUAGAAUGUGUAUAUUUUUAAAUAUCUGUGUAUUUGAAAUAAGGGGAUUCAAUGAAGUUGUUUAUUGCCCCUAAUUAGGUGUAAGCGAGUUUAAAAUUUAUGCGGGAUUUAGGAUCCGUGAUUCUUGGAGCAUCACAGAGAUUGAAAUCACAUAAACUGUACACCUUUUUUACGUUUAGGUGGACAAGUAAUUUAUCUUUGGUUUACCAUGUUAUGGUCACUGGUUGUAGUAAUAUCAGGCGAAACUGGAUGUGGAAAAACCACUCAGCUUCCCCAAUAUAUAUUGGAGUCUGAAAUAGAAUCUGGGCGUGGAGCAUUUUGUAACAUAAUUUGCACACAGCCUCGGAGAAUAUCAGCUAUGGCUGUUUCAGAUAGAGUAUCAGCUGAGAGAGGAGAGCCUCUUGGUGAAUCGGUGAGUAAGUUUGCUCCAGUUAACAGGCUUGUGCCAUUGGCAUCUGCGGUCUUUGUCUGGAAAGUAGUAUCUUCCCUUUGUUUUGAAACUUGUCAAUUUUGGUGCUAUACCACAACAGAUAUUUUCUGGUAGGUUGGUAACAAAGUUCGACUGGAGGGUAUGAAAGGGAAAAACACCCAUCUGCUGUUCUGUACAAGUGGAAUUUUACUUCGGAGGCUGCUAAGUGACCGCAACUUGAAUGGUGUGACUCAUGUUUUUGUCAAUGAAAUUCAUGAACGGGGCAUGAAUGAAGGCAAGUCUCAUUUUCCUUCCUUUUGUUAUAGUAUUAAAUAAAGGAAUAUUGUACCAAACGUGAGUUUAGGAGAUUUGGGUGUUUAAUGACCUAAUUUUGUUAAAUUGUUGUGCAUUGGUUUUUAUCUGCAACAGACUUCCUACUGAUCGUGCUCAAGGACCUACUUCCUCGACGUCGCGAAUUACGAUUGAUUUUAAUGAGUGCCACUUUGAACGCUGAACUCUUAUCGGCUUACUAUGGAGGAGCACCUACAAUUCAUAUACCGGUAAUGUGUUUCUGUUAUUACCUGAACACUGUUGAUUCUUUUGGGAUUCAGGAAGUGGAUGCAAUGUGAAUGUUUUGCUUCCCUAUAACGCCUGAGUUCACAACAAGUCAGAUAGCUUUUUAGGUUAGUGUUAUGUACUUGAAGUAUUGGAGCUUGUAUUGAGGUAGUGGAAAAGGUCUUAUUGUUUGUUGGUGGGCGUUAUUGUUGUACUUCUGAAUGUCGUCAUCUGGAUCAUAAUGGGAUGACUAACCUGCUCGUGGUUUUUGUUCUAGGGCUUUACCCAUCCAGUCAGGGCACACUUCUUAGAAGAUGUGCUGGACAUUACAGGAUAUAAGCUGACUUCCUUUAAUCAAAUUGAUGAUUAUGGACAAGAUAAAUUGUGGAAAACUCAGAAGCAGCUGACUCCAAGGAAAAGGAAGAAUCAGAUCACUACACUUGUUGAGGUACACACUUCAUUAGGGGGGAAAUAAUCAGCUGAUUUUGACUAAGUGAAAUUUUUUAGAAUCUAUCUUAUUGAUUGGUUAUUUAAAAAAAAAAUUAUAUUAUUUCAAAAUAUCUUCUUGAUUGGUGACAUUGGAUCACUUUGCCGACCUUUAAGGAGUGUAGAAAUGGGAUUGAGAAUCUGUUUUAUUCUAAGUUGCAAAAUCUGUAUACUCGUGUUUCAAGAAAUUCUUUGAUCAUUCUUCUUGCCUUUACAUAUGUCCAGCUGUGAAAAUACUGAUUAUUUUGUUCAGUUUAAGCAAAAUCCAUAUGUACACAGCAUGCUGUACCCUUAAUCUUUCAAUUAAGUUUUUCAUUUUUAUUCUUUGCAGGAUGCUCUUAAUAAAACAAGUUUUGAGACUUAUAGCUCCAGGGUCCGUGAUUCUUUGUCAAACUGGAUGCCUGAUUGCAUAGGCUUUAAUCUUAUUGAGGCCGCUCUUUGCCAUAUAUGUCGGAAGGAGCGGCCAGGGGCUGUACUAGUAUUCAUGACUGGGUGGGAGGACAUUACCUCUUUGAAGGAUCAGCUUAAAUCUCAUCCACUUUUAGGUGAUCCCAACAGGAUUCUGCUCCUUACUUGCCAUGGUUCUAUGGCAACAUCUGAACAGGUAAUGGUUUUCUUAUUCAAUCUGAUAAAUAAUUAUCUUGUAAGCUCCAGGUGCUCAUCUUUCUUACUGCUUGGAACUUGGAAGUGUAUGUUUACAAGGGGAAUCUGUACGGCCAAUUAUCUGUGUUCAUGUGACCCUGCAUUGCAAAUAGUUGGAGCUGGUUCUCUCUCUUUUGAGUGUCAUUUAAUUUCCCUGCUUCUUUAAGUUUCAAGCUAUAAUUUAUGUCUGUUUCAUUUCAUAAAAGUUAGUUCAUCUCAUUAAAUAACUAGAAAGAUAUUUCCAUCCAAUCAACUACUUUUUUCUCACUAAAAAUGUAUAUUUAUCUACUUUAAAAAAAAAUGGUUAAGCACUAUUCUCGUUAUUUUUCUAAACUUAUUUUUGUGUCUUAAAAUUUUAGACGAGGAAAAACAAAUACAGAUACUAUACGUGU